AUGCAGAUGAUCCAUUACAAGUUUAACAAUUAGAAUCACACUAUUUGCAUGAAACAGAGUUUGCAUCAGGAUAUUAAUUCUAACUACAUGUAGUAAGACAUUAAUUUUAAAUAGGGUCUAAAUAUCUAGUUUACUGGACAUUAGGUAAUACACUAGUUUUCAAAUAAAAAUGUGUUUCCAGAGCAAGAGAGACAAUUUUUAUUACUAGGACCAGAACAAGAGGCACAUGAAGAAUUACAAGAAGAACAUGUUUAAUUACUUUUAUUUUAAUAUUAAUUAGUAUUGCAUGUUUAUACACACAUUUUAGAGGUUUGCUAAUAAAAUAAAUCCUGGGCUAUGCAACUCAAGCAAUUAUUGUUGCCAGCUCCAUUGCAAGUUUCACAUGAUUAAUCACAUGGAAAGGUAUUGGAAGGACAUGUGCUUAUACAUUAAUUUUAAUACAAAUAUAAUGAACCACUGCAACUUGUGCAAGAAUUUGAGUCUCCUUUUUAUUAUUGA